CGCUGAUCGGCGCUCACUUGGAGCGCAGCGAGCAAGCAAGACGAGCCUGAUUCCAUGUCCCCCGCUGCCUCCCUGCCAGACGCGCGAAGAUGAUGGCCAUGAACGCCAAGCAGCCUUUCGGCAUGCACCCGGUGCUGCAAGAACCCAAAUUCUCCAGCCUGCACUCCGGCUCCGAGGCCAUGCGCCGAGUCUGUCUCCCAGCCCCGCAGCUGCAGGGUAAUAUAUUUGGAAGCUUUGAUGAGAGCCUGCUGGCACGCGCCGAAGCUCUGGCGGCAGUGGAUAUCGUCUCCCACGGCAAGAAUCAUCCRUUCAAGCCCGACGCCACCUACCAUACCAUGAGCAGCGUGCCCUGCACGUCCACCUCGUCCACGGUGCCCAUCUCCCACCCGGCAGCGCUCACCUCGCACCCGCAUCACGCAGUGCACCAGGGCCUCGAAGGUGACCUGCUGGAGCACAUCUCGCCCACGCUUAGCGUGAGCGGCUUGGGUGCGCCAGAGCACUCGGUGAUGCCGGCUCAGAUUCACCCGCACCAUCUAGGCGCCAUGGGCCACCUGCACCAGGCUAUGGGCAUGAGUCACCCGCACGCCGUGGCGCCUCACAGCACUAUGCCCGCUUGCCUCAGUGACGUGGAGUCAGACCCUCGCGAGCUGGAGGCCUUUGCCGAACGCUUCAAGCAGCGACGCAUCAAGUUGGGGGUAACCCAGGCGGACGUGGGCGCGGCUCUAGCUAAUCUCAAGAUCCCUGGCGUGGGUUCACUCAGCCAGAGCACUAUCUGCAGGUUCGAGUCUCUCACUCUCUCGCACAACAACAUGAUUGCUCUCAAGCCGGUGCUCCAGGCCUGGCUGGAGGAAGCGGAGGCUGCCUACCGAGAGAAGAACAGCAAGCCGGAGCUCUUCAACGGCAGCGAGCGUAAGCGCAAACGCACGUCGAUCGCCGCUCCUGAGAAGCGCUCACUCGAGGCCUAUUUUGCCAUCCAGCCACGUCCUUCAUCCGAGAAGAUUGCGGCCAUUGCUGAGAAACUGGACCUUAAAAAGAACGUGGUGAGGGUCUGGUUUUGUAACCAGAGACAGAAACAGAAACGAAUGAAGUACUCAGCUGUCCACUGACUUCGGCGGGGCAAAGCAUCGGGAGUCGGGAGA